AUCUGGGUUUAAUCCUAAACAACCCGGUCGUUAGAUUCUAGUGCACUACGUUAAAUAUCAAACGAAGGUUUAUCACCCCUACCUAGUGCACUAUCUAUAUAAAAUGAGGCCUAUUUGGGAGGCAGCCUGGUUCUUCGUUAUAUUUCAGAGCUCUGCAUCCUGCAUCUUUCAGCAUCCUUUCAAACUGAAGACAUAUAGAUAUUUAUAUACAUAAAAACAAGCUACAUAGUUUGAAAUGAAUAUAAUAAACGUAAUAAAUGUAAUAUAUUGUUAGAAUGUGAUUCUGUUCAGAGGUGCUGGUCAGGAGGUUUCAUGCCAAAAUACAUUUUUACAGAUAAUUUGGCCAGAUCAGGCUGGAAGUGAACGUCUUCUCAUGGGCAGUGUAUUGGCCUUGUCCUCUCGCCCUGGGCGUCAGAAUUCCCCUUUCCCCCAGGACAGACCCCUGUCACGUUGGGACAAGAGGGACGGACGACUUCCAAACCCGGGCAGCUUUGACGGCCUUCAUCGCAGCUGCAAAGAUGUGUUUCCACAGCAGGUCGAAGGAGUGAAAAUGGCAGUAAAGAAAACCCUCAGCAGCUUUUUCAAGGUCAGCCAUACGUUCCAUAUCAGUGCUGUGGCUCCGUCGACGUACCGCUUCCACGUGCAGCACCUUCAAUCAGACGCCGACAGCAAACAAACCGGCUCGCCCAUGCUCAUCGGAGAAAUGGACUCCUCCGGCAGCCUGAACGCGCACUCUUUAUUCCACCUCAGCGAAAGCAUACGAGCCAAAGCCGUAUUUCAGACCGUGCAGUCGCAGUUUGUCACGUGGCAGUUCGAGGCUGAGUACAGAGGCAGCGACUUCACAGCUGCUGUCACCAUUGCCAACCCAGACAUCUUCAGAGAAUCUGUUAUCACGGUGGCACACUUCCUCCAGAGUGUCUCUCCACAGCUGGUUCUGGGCGGAGAGUUGGUUUACCACCGAGGACGAGCCGAAGAAGGCGGCAUCCUCACCCUCGCUGGACAAUACUCCGGUCCUAACUGGGUCGCCACAUUAAAUGCCGGGAAAGGAGGUGCCCAUGCAAGCUAUUACCAGAGAGCCAACAAGCAGAUUCAGGUUGGGGUGGAGUUUGAGGCCAGCAUGAGAACCCAGGAGACCAAGUUUUCUUUUGGCUACCAAAUGGAUCUACCAGAAACCAACAUGGUAUUCAGAGGGAUGCUGGACAGCCGGUGUAUCGUCGGAGGCGUCCUGGAGAAGCGCUUGUGCCCUCUUCCGGCUACAUUGAUCAUGGGGGCCUUUGUGAACCAUCGAGCAGACAAGCUGCAGCUUGGCCUCGGAGUGAACGUCGGCUAGAUCUCAGGUCUGAGCGGAAAGUUGCGGAAAUUAUCCUCAGGGCUGUCCAAAGAAGGACUGGUUCCUCACGUGGCUAAAACUAACCUGGACAUUACGUUGCAAGCGACGAAAAAGGUUCAUAUCGAUGAUAACAAGCAGCUCUGUCCGAACAGAGAAGCGCACCACAUUGGUGCUGUCCUUUCUCAAAUCCACAACACAUCUGUCACUAACACCUCAUAAAGACCUCGUUUUAAACAUAGAUGUCAUCAUCUUUUUUAAAACAUGAAGAAGACAUAUGCAGUUCAAAACAUGCAGGAUUACCUUUCGAAUCAUUGUGUACGCAACUGGAUAUGUGCCAAUGUUCAUAGUACAGCAGGUUGUAAAUCACAAUGAUCCAUUGGACGUCCAGACAGAGCCACAUGCAGACACCAUGCAGCACAGGCUAGUGACAAUAUUUUGAAAUGUUCAUGUUCAUAUAUCAUGAUACAUCGUACAACCAAUUAUCGGCACAUUCCCAGAUUAUUAAGUUUUGUCUUGAAAUUAUGCAUCAUUUGAAUUCUACUAAAAACUCAUGUAACAUGUAAUCAAGCGAUGAUAAGAAUAAAAUAUCUUUAAUCUAUUAAGAGUACUGCAUUGUAAAAGACUGACGGUAGUUAUACAUUUAUUAUAUAGAGUUGAUUCCAGAAGUAUUGGCACCGUUCGAGAGAAUCCUGACCCCACCCUUUUUGUGUGUGUGUGUGUGUGUGUCUGACCUUUCAAAAUUAGUUUUUUCUCUAUGCAGAUUGUAUACACUCUUAUGUAAACUCGUCAACUGCAUGCUGCCCAGCUCUUUCUGACUUUUUUUUUCUCUAGUCUUAUCGAGGCCAAAAAAAACCCCUAAAAAACACAGAGCAUUGUCUCUAGUAAAUUUCCAUGCCAUUUACAUAAAAAAGUAACGCUUCAAAAGAAUUGCAAAAAAAAAUCAACCCACAAAAUGUCCUGUGGUUAUAAUUAUGCAUCAUGAUAAGACCAGAAUUCAAACUUCAUGGCCUUGGGCAUAAUCUAAUUUCGAGUUCAAGCCCUUUGCAAAUUUUGCUGCUCAGACUGUGUGAACAUGAUCCCUAUGUCACACUUUAGCAUUUUAGUUGUCAUAAUGUCAACAGUUAAAAACUGGUGCCCACAAGAAAUGUUUUACAUCAUUAAUCCGUGACACUUUCAGGCACGCGUUCUCUUGCUAACAAUAUCUAGCAGCAAACGAAAACAAUCUGUCGCAUUAAUUUUGUUCAUGACAUGCUUUAAUAAUAAAAACCUCAUACAAACACUGCUUUUCCCUCCAUAACUCCAUUCAUUUCGUUUAUUGCUGUACUGUCCGCCUGACUCGUUUCCACAUUUCCCCUGAACUGGUUUAAAGUUGUCACGCUAAUUGCGCGAUCGGUUCAGAGCUCCGAUUCGUUCUUAGUUUGAUGCUUGUCGUAGGAGACUUCACACUGCAGAAAACAGCCUGAAAUCUUCGGAAACUGCCAGAAUUUCAUCAGAGGAACAUAAUGAUUGCGACGUCCAUCGGUGAACAUGUCAAACCAGCGAUCAAAGACUCCAGAUUUUAGCGUAGGAUUAUAGGAAUCUUUUAGGAUUUUCGAAAUCUGUCUCAGAAAAUCAAAAUCGCAUAAUGUUCACCUGGAUUAUAGACUAGUACCAGGAUCAGCCCUAAGUCUAGUUACCUCUGACAAGAGGUUCAACUUUGAAGAAAAUUACAAGACGAAGUCAUAGCAGCCAGAAAACUUUUCCUCUCAAUCUCUGAUUUGAACUGAACAGGGACAGGGGUUUAUUGCGUAAGAAAUGUUGCAGAAAAUAUGCAGCACCUGUUUGAACCCAAACUAUAGUUCAUAGAAUGGUGUUGAUUUGUGAUGAGGGCACCAAUAUUUUUGGAAUCAACUUGUAAUUUGAUUACUUUUACCACUAAGAACUACUCAUUACGUUACACAGUAGUAACCAUCCGUCCCUGUAAAGCCUAGAAAUGUAAGAAUAUAUUUAUGGAUUAUAUUUAUUUAUUGAUUUGGAACAGUUGUUCAAAACCAUCCUGUCCUUUGUAUCCUGUAUUAUAAAUAAUCUGAAAUUUCGAUUUCUAACUGAACUAAAAAUAAAGAAUUUCUUAUUAAAGACGUAGCAGGCUGAACAUUUUCAUUCACAUGGUUCUCUUUUUUUCGUCUUUUCUGUUUUUUCUGACGUGACCGAUCCAUCGCACUUCCCUGCCUCAGGACCUUUAAACUACCUGUUGUGCUGCCUUUCUUGUGAACAGGUUUUACACGUGUUGUACAGUCCGUGCACAAUGCAGACAGGUGAGAUCGCACCUGCUCCGACAGGAAGGUCCUGUUUUGACGUCGGAGC